UUUCCGGCCCGGAGCACUUCGGCAAGUUCCGCAGUCGCCUGUCGGAAAUGGCUGCCGGCCGGCAGGGGGAGCGGGUGAUCCGGCGCGGCCUGGAAGGCGGGCGGCCGGCGGCCGGAGCGGCUUCUGGGACGCCGACUUUAGCGCAGGCGGCGGCGGCGGCUCGUCCCUGAACUGGAAGCCGGAGAGCAAGCCCUGGAGUUCGCUAUUUCAAGAAAUCGUGUGCUGAAGUGUAACGCUACGUAAGUCACAGAAAGGAAGGAUCCUGAAACACGUGGCCCGAGUGUUGACAAUGACAUUGAUAAGAGGCUGGCAUUUCUUUCUGUUCUAACCAACCACUGUAAAACUCUGACUAAGAACUAUGCAUAUUUGUUGGUCAGCAACACCAAGGAACAAGAGCUAUGGCAGUUGAAAACGUCUGUCUGAUUCCAGGGUAUUUUUCCUGCGUUUUAUCAUCAGGAACCUCCUCCCUUUCAUCUCGGCCACAAUGUGGUACCUUUUACCGUUUGAUAAAGAUUAAGGACAUGUUUUUUGGUCAACAACCAGAACUUAAAAUCUGCUGGAAUAGGGUCAGAGACCAUUUCGGUUGCAGCUGAGGAAAAUGAAAUUUCCAUUUUAUCUGGUGCCUUGUACCGGGAGCACGCUGACUCUUCUGGAAACGAAUGUGUGAAUGAAACGAGGUUGAGUUUUGUCGCGCAGAAGCUCAUGGUUAUGGCGAGUGAGCCGACGUGACCAGAGGGGCAGAGCCACAGGGCACUCAUGACGGGCUAUACCAUGUUGCGGAAUGGGGGGGUGGGGAACGGAGGGCAGACCUGCAUGCUGCGGUGGUCCAACCGCAUCCGCCUCACCUGGCUCAGCUUCACCCUCUUCGUCAUCCUGGUGUUCUUCCCCCUCAUCGCCCACUACUAUCUCACCACUCUGGAUGAGGCUGAUGAGGCCGGCAAGCGGAUUUUUGGCCCACGGGCCGGUAACGAGCUCUGCGAGGUAAAGCACGUGCUGGAUCUCUGCCGCAUUCGCGAGUCAGUGAGCGAAGAGCUCUUACAGCUAGAAGCCAAGCGGCAAGAGCUGAACAGUGAAAUCGCCAAGCUGAAUCUGAAGAUCGAAGCCUGCAAGAAGAGCAUUGAGAAUGCCAAGCAGGACCUGCUGCAGCUCAAGAACGUCAUUAGCCAGACCGAGCAUUCUUACAAAGAGCUGAUGGCCCAAAACCAGCCCAAACUUUCUCUGCCCAUCCGAUUGCUCCCAGAGAAGGAUGAUGCUGGCCUUCCUCCCCCAAAGGUCAUCCGGGGUUGCCGGCUACAUAACUGUUUUGAUUAUUCUCGUUGCCCUCUCACCUCUGGUUUUCCGGUCUAUGUUUAUGACAGUGACCAGUUUGCCCUUGGCAGCUACCUGGAUCCCUUGGUCAAGCAGGCGUUUCAGGCUACAGCGCGAGCCAACGUUUAUGUUACAGAAAAUGCGGACAUCGCCUGCCUGUAUGUGAUACUAGUGGGAGAAAUGCAGGAACCGGUAGUGCUACGGCCCGCUGAACUUGAGAAGCAGUUGUACUCUCUGCCGCAUUGGCGGAGAGAUGGACACAACCAUGUCAUCAUCAAUCUGUCGCGGAAGUCAGACACACAGAAUUUACUAUAUAACGUCAGUACGGGCCGUGCCAUGGUGGCCCAGUCCACUUUCUAUGCUGUCCAGUACAGACCUGGCUUUGACUUGGUAGUUUCGCCACUAGUCCAUGCCAUGUCCGAACCCAACUUCAUGGAAAUCCCACCACAGGUGCCAGUUAAGCGGAAAUAUCUCUUCACCUUCCAGGGUGAGAAGAUCGAGUCGCUGAGAUCCAGCCUUCAGGAGGCCCGCUCCUUUGAAGAAGAAAUGGAGGGCGAUCCUCCAGCUGACUAUGACGACCGGAUCAUUGCCACCCUGAAGGCAGUGCAGGACAGCAAACUAGAUCAGGUCCUGGUGGAAUUUACCUGCAAAAACCAGCCUAAACCCAGCCUGCCUACUGAGUGGGCGCUGUGUGGGGAGCGGGAGGACCGCUUAGAAUUACUGAAGCUUUCCACCUUUGCCCUCAUCAUCACCCCCGGGGACCCGCACUUGGUUAUUUCAUCUGGGUGUGCAACACGGCUCUUUGAAGCCCUAGAAGUCGGUGCCGUCCCCGUGGUGCUGGGGGAGCAAGUGCAGCUUCCGUACCAGGACAUGCUGCAGUGGAAUGAGGCGGCCCUGGUGGUGCCCAAGCCACGUGUUACCGAGGUCCAUUUCCUGUUAAGGAGUCUCUCUGAUAGUGACCUCCUGGCUAUGAGGCGGCAAGGCCGCUUUCUCUGGGAGACUUACUUCUCCACUGCUGACAGUAUUUUUAAUACUGUGCUGGCUAUGAUUAGGACUCGCAUACAGAUCCCAGCUGCUCCCAUCCGGGAAGAGGCAGCAGCUGAGAUCCCCCAUCGGUCAGGCAAGGCGGCGGGGACCGACCCCAACAUGGCCGAUAACGGGGACCUGGACCUGGGGCCGGUGGAAACAGAGCCACCUUACGCCUCACCCAAAUACCUCCGCAACUUUACUUUGACUGUCACUGACUUUUACCGCAGCUGGAACUCUGCUCCAGGGCCGUUCCAUCUUUUCCCCCACACGCCCUUUGACCCUGUGUUGCCCUCAGAGGCCAAAUUUUUGGGCUCAGGGACUGGAUUUCGGCCUAUUGGUGGUGGAGCUGGGGGCUCUGGCAAGGAGUUCCAGGCAGCACUUGGAGGCAAUGUUCCGCGAGAGCAGUUCACGGUCGUCAUGCUGACUUACGAGCGGGAGGAAGUGCUUAUGAACUCUUUGGAGAGGCUCAAUGGCCUCCCUUACCUGAACAAGGUGGUGGUGGUGUGGAAUUCUCCCAAGCUGCCGUCAGAGGACCUUCUGUGGCCUGACAUUGGCGUCCCCAUCAUGGUGGUUCGUACUGAGAAGAACAGUUUGAAUAAUCGAUUCUUGCCCUGGAAUGAAAUCGAGACGGAGGCCAUCCUGUCGAUCGACGACGACGCUCACCUCCGCCACGACGAAAUCAUGUUUGGCUUUCGGGUGUGGAGAGAAGCACGGGACCGCAUUGUGGGCUUCCCUGGCCGGUACCACGCGUGGGACAUCCCGCAUCAGUCCUGGCUCUACAACUCCAACUACUCCUGUGAGCUGUCCAUGGUGCUGACAGGCGCUGCCUUCUUUCACAAGUAUUAUGCCUACCUGUAUUCUUACGUGAUGCCCCAGGCCAUCCGAGACAUGGUGGAUGAGUACAUCAACUGUGAGGACAUCGCCAUGAACUUCCUCGUCUCCCACAUCACUCGGAAACCGCCCAUCAAGGUGACUUCACGGUGGACUUUCCGAUGCCCGGGAUGCCCUCAGGCCCUGUCACACGAUGACUCCCACUUCCACGAGCGGCACAAGUGCAUCAACUUUUUUGUCAAGGUGUACGGCUACAUGCCCCUGCUGUACACGCAGUUCAGGGUGGACUCUGUGCUCUUCAAGACCCGCCUGCCCCACGACAAGACCAAGUGCUUCAAGUUCAUCUAGGGCGUCGCAGGUUUUGGGGAGAGGACGGGCAGAGCAAGGGAGAUGGCUCUUAAGGUUCCUAGGCAUCGAAGGACCUUGGGGACAUCGCUGGGUGGGUGGCCCAGACCCUCUGCUGGGAGAGGCAGCAGGAAGAGUGGGAAGGAGAUAGCUGCCUUUAUCUUGAAGUCGGCCACACUGGGCCUGGAACCCUGGUCAGAAGACCCUGGGGUUCCCUGCAGGGCACUGGCUGAUAGCUUACACUGAGGACCAUGGGACUCUGUGGAGUCGCUCACGUAGUUCAUAGCCCGGGACAGCUGGUUUGUGGUUUGGAAUUUCAGUAACAACUAUUAUUAUUAUUUAAAAAGAGAAAGUUUCAGAUUUGCCAUUC